GAGGAGGGAAGAAGGGAAAAGAGGGAGGAGAAAGAAAGAGGAAAAAAAAAGAAGGAAGGAAAAGAAGGGAGAGGGGGGGGGAAAGAGAAGAAGGGGAAGGAGGGGGGAAGGGGGAGGAAGGAAAAAAAGGGAAAAGGGAAAAGGGGGGGAAAAGGGGAAAGGGGGGG